UGCAGUCGUUUCCAAUAAGACAUAUUUGACUUACCAGGGCCUGAGACAGCCCGCACUCCAGCUCGGCGUUCCGUGUGGUUCAGACGCCUCUCGCCAGUCCUCUCGUGUCUACUUUUCCCCGCAAAGCACCGACACUUAAGCAACAAUGGAUGCCAUCAAGAAGAAGAUGCAGAUGCUCAAGCUCGACAAGGAGAAUGCCUUGGACAGAGCUGAGCAGGCCGAGUCGGACAAGAAGGCGGCUGAGGACAGGAGCAAACAGCUUGAGGAUGACCUGCUGGCACUGCAGAAGAAGCUGAAGUCGACAGAGGAUGAGUUGGACAAAUACUCCGAAGCCCUGAAGGAUGCCCAGGAAAAACUGGAGCUGGCUGAGAAGAAAGCCACAGACGCUGAGGGUGAUGUCGCCUCCCUGAACAGACGCAUCCAGCUGGUCGAGGAGGAGUUGGACCGUGCCCAGGAGCGUCUGGCCACGGCUCUGACCAAGCUGGAGGAGGCUGAGAAGGCUGCUGAUGAGAGCGAGAGAGGCAUGAAGGUUAUUGAGAACAGGGCGAUGAAAGAUGAGGAGAAGAUGGAGCUGCAGGAGAUCCAGUUGAAGGAGGCCAAGCACAUCGCUGAGGAGGCUGACCGCAAAUACGAGGAGGUGGCCCGUAAGCUUGUGAUCAUUGAGAGCGAUUUGGAACGUACAGAGGAGCGCGCCGAGCUCUCUGAGAGCAAAUGCUCUGAGCUUGAGGAGGAACUGAAGACCGUGCAAAACAACCUGAAGUCUCUGGAGGCUCAGGCAGAGAAGUACUCGCAGAAGGAGGACAAGUACGAGGAGGAGAUCAAGGUUCUUACAGACAAGCUGAAGGAGGCUGAGACCCGUGCUGAGUUUGCUGAGCGAUCAGUCGCCAAGCUUGAGAAGACCAUUGAUGACCUGGAGGACCACCUUCACAAGCAGCUCGAGAAAAACCGUCUUCUCACCAACGAGCUGCGGGUAGCCUUAAAUGAGGCCUGAGGCAGCCCCUUUGCAUUUCCCUUCUUCACAAAUGUCCUCAUACUUUGAUGCAAAGAGCAGAUUCAACCAGCUGUGGUGCACAGCGCCAAUCAAUUGGUGCUUUCAGUCGGCAGGAGGAAAAAAAAUACUUUGGGACUUUUAUUAUCAUUAUGCAUGCUUCAUUAGACUCCUUGGUGGAAGCUCAGACACUGGAAAGUUAUCAAUGUGUCUGGUAUUUGUUUUUUUCAGUUACGGUCAGGGCUGUGGCACAUUCAUUCAUUAGAACCUGUACUAAAAUUAAUACUUGGCAGAAAGAAGCUAAUGGCGAUCUUGGGAUUGCUAAUCCUAGUAAAACCACACUGCAUCCCCCCCCCCCCCCCCCUUUCCCCCAAAAGAAGACUCAUGCUUCAAGUUAGCUUGUAAGUUGCGCCUAGUCUAUUUGAAUAAAGCUAACAAAUUAGGUGCUCGUGAUGUGCAAACUGAUUGGCCACUCUGUACAUUGUACAUUCAAGUUGUUGCUGUUCCACUCUAAUCCAGCAGGAGGCAGUAAAGUGUGUUUCAAACGGUUUCCAGCUCCUCAACAAAUUAAGAAGCCAAUGCUUCCGCUGACUGCAGACAAGGAAUUACAAUAUGGACUUCCCUGCGCCUUUGUGCCUUGACGUAUUUUGAAAACACAAAAGAAAGAGACACUGAUGUAUACAGAUGUGCAACUAUAGCCUACCCCUUUUGGUAAAUCUAGACUGACUUAAAUAGCCCCAAAACAAGUCGGCUAGCUCAAAAUGGGGCUACAAGUAGGUUUGAUUCGCACAAUGGAUGAUGCGCUUGGAUGAUGCGCUUUAGUCAAGACUAUAAUGAGAGAGUAAUUCUAUUUGACUUUUUUUUUCUCCAACAUUUUUAACCUGUUAGCUAGUUUGUCAUGUAGAUAGUAAUUUUAUUUGUAUUGCCCUUAAUCACAAGAGUCUCAAAAGGGCUUCACAGGCCCACAGUUGACAAAGAUGGGCGAUAUCCCCUGAUCUAAACUCCCCAACCAGGCAAUGAAAAAACCCAAAACCCCCACUUGGGGAAAUAAGAAACUUUCAGAAAAGACAACAGAUGGAGAGAUCCCCCUUUCAGGAUAACCAAGCUGAAAAAUGGAUUUCAAGUGGGCAAUAUUUAUCACAUAGGAUGGUGCUGUACAAUGUUGGGUAAAACCGCAUGAGUCCAUUUAAUGAGAUGAAGCGCCACAGAUAGAGACUCCAUUGGGAAAGUGGUUCUUCCUUGAUGCAAAAUCAAAGACCGUUAAAUAAACUUGGGAUGGAACAGCUUUUCCUGCAAAAUUUAGUCCCUUUUGCUCAAUAGCUUUAAGCCUUGUUUCCAUUGAGAGGUACAAUAAGGUAUCCAUUUUUAUUUUUCAUUAGGGCUGACUGAUUCAGGAAAAAAAUCCAAUUUGCGAUUUUGUUUUUUAAUGUGUGGGAGCAUGUUCAAUUAGUGUCAUGUUUUUCGUUUGUUUUAUAUUCAAGGGGUAGAGUAGAAGUAUUUUUACAUACAAAUAUUUACUGUGACUAUAGUGAGGAUAAGGGGUACGGAAAAUGAAUGACCUGACUACUGCAUUAGUGUAGGUUAGUGACAGACCAGUGUGUUCCUGGUUGCGUACAAAUUCGGGUUAUGAUGCAACCCCUGGAAUAGAAAUCUGUUAUAAACCGAGGACCUGUAUUCAGGUUUUUCGUUUAAUUUGUCAUCUGUAUAAUAAGGAAUUAAUUACGGCCACAAACAGUAACAUAUGGAGGAAUUUGUUGCUGUGACUUUUGGCUGGGUUUGUCAAUGGACAAAUUGAAAAAAAUAAAUGGUGAAAUGCUAAAUAGUCCUGAGUGUGAUUUGAGUCCCCCCCCGCCCCCAGUUUUACAAUUCAUGCAAAUACCAAAUGACUCGGCACUGUCUGACCAAAACGAUAUGCUGGUUUUCUCUAAAUUUCACCGGUUUUUUAUUUUAUUACUUUUUUUAUUUACAUAAAUCAUCACUACUUCAUAUAAGGCAAAUGCUCCCCCAAAAGUAGCCUUUAACAGACAUUGAGAUCUAUUUAAAGCGAAAUAUUUCUGAAACCAAGCUUUUUACUUUGUUAGGCAACUGCAAAAGUAUAUGCAAUCUUAUAUUGACUGCAAUCAGCGAGAUGGUCGACAAAUUUAACUGUCAGCUGUUUUAAAUAUAUUUAGUUGUUUCAUGCAGUCAUGACCACAGCUCUGCUUGUUACUGAAAUUCAAAAUAUUAUGGUCACUAAUAUUGAAUACUAACUCCUUUUGGUUUACACUUUGUCACCACGUUGUCUAAGAGUGUGUGCAGUAUAAUCCUGACUAGAGCUUCCUGUUUGUGUUUGCACUGUUGUUUGAACGGGUCUUAACGCUGCCAUGCUAUAU